CAUCGCGUAGUUCAGGAAGACGGGUUGAAGUGAGGUGGAUAAAUCAUCAUUUAGGGGUAGCUCACUGCUAGCUGCCCGUAUCCGACUUCCGAGGUGUUAUGAGCUUUGUUAGCCGAAAUCAGUAGAUUGUUUUAAUUGUUGACAGGCGCCACGAUGACCCUCUAACACCAAGAAUGGACAUAAGUUAACAAUGACGGGGGAGAAAAAGAAGAAAAAGCGGCUGAACCGCAGCAUUCUUCUAGCAAAGAAAAUUAUAAUAAAAGAUGGAGGAAGUCCUCAGGGAAUCGGUGAGCCUAGUGUUUACCAUGCUGUGGUGGUCAUCUUCCUGGAGUUUUUUGCAUGGGGUCUUCUCACCACCCCAAUGCUCACGGUAUUACACCAGACAUUCCCCCAACACACAUUCCUGAUGAAUGGACUCAUCCAUGGUGUCAAGGGCCUAUUAUCAUUUCUGAGUGCUCCGCUGAUUGGAGCGUUGUCAGACGUAUGGGGACGCAAAUCCUUCUUGCUGCUAACCGUCUUCUUCACGUGUGCACCCAUUCCACUGAUGAAGAUCAGCCCAUGGUGGUACUUUGCCGUUAUCUCCAUGUCCGGCGUCUUUGCCGUCACCUUCUCUGUUAUCUUUGCCUAUGUGGCGGAUAUCACGCAGGAGCAUGAGAGGAGCACAGCAUACGGUUUGGUAUCGGCUACCUUUGCGGCCAGCCUGGUUACCAGCCCGGCCAUCGGGGCCUACUUAUCUGUGACCUACGGCGACACCUUGGUGGUGAUCCUGGCCACAGCCAUAGCCCUGCUGGACAUCUGCUUCAUCCUGGUGGCCGUACCGGAGUCGCUGCCAGAGAAGAUGAGGCCAGCAUCAUGGGGAGCACCCAUCUCCUGGGAACAGGCGGACCCCUUCGCUUCUCUGCGUAAGGUGGGCCAGGACUCCACGGUGCUCCUCAUCUGUAUCACAGUGUUUCUCUCCUACCUCCCCGAGGCCGGCCAGUACUCCAGCUUCUUCCUCUAUCUCAGACAGGUCAUAGGCUUCACAUCAGAGACAGUGGCUGCCUUUAUCGCUGUGGUGGGGAUCCUCUCAAUACUAGCCCAGACGGUGGUGUUGGGGAUCCUGAUGCGGUCCAUAGGGAACAAAAACACAAUCCUGCUCGGCCUCGGCUUCCAGAUCCUCCAGCUGGCGUGGUACGGCUUCGGCUCUCAGCCCUGGAUGAUGUGGGCUGCUGGAGCUGUUGCAGCCAUGUCCAGCAUCACUUUCCCCGCCAUCAGCGCCAUCGUGUCCCGUAAUGCAGACCCCGACCAACAAGGUGUUGUCCAGGGGAUGAUUACUGGAAUUCGGGGCCUCUGUAAUGGUUUGGGCCCUGCUCUCUACGGUUUUGUCUUCUACUUGUUCCACGUGGAGCUGACCGACACGGACGGCUCUGAGAAAGGUGUCAAACCCAACAUGGCCAACCCAACUGAUGAGAGUGCCAUCAUCCCAGGUCCUCCCUUCCUGUUCGGUGCAUGCUCAGUGCUGCUGUCUCUGCUGGUGGCCCUGUUCAUCCCGGAGCACACGGGGCCCGGCAUGAGGCCCGGCGCCUACAAGAAGCACAGCAACGGGGCACAGAGCCACUCCCACAGCCCUCAAGGCAGCGGGGCCGAGGGCAAGGAGCCGCUGCUGGAGGACAGCAGUGUAUAACCACCGCUAAGGGGGGCCGACAGCGCUCCAACCCAAAAAAACCUGCACACACGGACAGAAAUACACAUUUUACCACAUGGACACACUCUCACCUCAGGCACACAUCAGACUCAAGUGCCAUGAAGAUGUGUUUGUGUCCACGGCACAAAAGUGGGCACUCCUUCCUUAGCAGCCCUUUUCUUUUUCUUUUUCUUCUCUUUUUUUUUUUUUUUUUUUUUUUUUUUUUAAAGCAGGGUAGUGGGAGGACUCUCUGAAGACCCUGUGUGAAGAGAGUGUGUUGAGUAUUCUUUUGGGGCUGCAGUGGAAAGGUGUUUGUGUGUGUCUUGCUGAGCUGGACUCUAAUCCUUGGUUUCCAUAAAGCGGUAACAGAGCGGAGCACACAACAGCUUGUCCCCUCCUGGUGCAAAAAAAACCCAGAACCGGAGUGAUUUGGUUUAGAGAGUGAGUGGGUUAGAUAUCAAAUGUUACUAAAUACCUGUGUGAUUCUUCAUAUUCUUCUGAAGCCAGUGAAGUGGCAACUUUGUCUGUUUGUCCAACCGGAGUGUAACAAACAGUCAGUUGAGCACUUUGUCGGCUGGUCUUUCACAAGCUAAAUUCUGUUCUGAUGCUCGUCUUUGCAUAUACAGCUCUGUCAAAGCGUCCGAGAAGGGAACACAGUUCUUCCUCUGAAUGCACAGCAGCAGCAGCUGUACACCGAUGAGAGGCACGCUGCCUAAUCUAGGUCAGGACAGGUCAACCGGUUCAGAUAUAAAAAAAAAAAAAAAAAGCUUCAUAAGACCACACUUUGUUUAAACAUUACACUUCGACAGAGAGAAGUGUGCGAGAGAGAGAGAGAACGAGAGAGAGACCACUUUAUUAGCUGAAGCUGUUUUUCAGUGUUUACUUGCCAUUCUUUAGAUUAGUAGUACAGUUUGGGUUGUAUAUUUUACUCUGUUCAAACUGAAGGCUAGCUGUGCUUCACGUUUUUAUUCAAGAAACAAAUGUUGCCUCGAAGUGACUUAAUAUAUAUAUAUAUAUAUAUAUAUAUAUAUUAAUUACGUAACCUGUAUGAAGACCGAGGUCUGAAAAGGCUCUGUAAUCGUGCGCUAUCGCUCCCAUCGGAGCAGUUACAAAACUUCUUCUUCCUUAUUUUUUGUUUUCAUGCCCUUUCUGUUACUUUGUUUCCUGACAUUUAUCACCAUCAGGGUUAAGGCUUACAGAAACCAUGGUUUUAUUUUAACACGCCUCUGGACCGUUUGGAGCUAGAGCGUCGCUAUCAGCAUGUCAGUGUUGGCACUGACUGUUAAUACGGAGUCUUUGAAUUAAUAUCAUUAGGUUAAACAGAAUAUCAGUCGUGCUGCUGCGGUAGAUAAUUCAAAGGUUAAUGUGAUGUGAUGUGGCGGAUACAAAUUUCUACAGUGGUUUUUAUAAACAAUGAAACGGUUUCGCAGAACCCCCGACAUUUAAGCUUCCAUACAAACGGUUAUUAACAGGCACUGCACAUUUCUUGAACUAUAACAAACAAAUGGUAGACAUUUUAGAUGUGAAGCACCUCAAGGAACUGGCUCCUAAAUCAUAAACUGACUUAACAGGCUUCAGAUUCUCUACAAAAUGAAGCUAUUUCCUAAUUGUCAGACCAAUUCUGUACACACAAACCUGCGCCACCUACAGGAAACGAAGCAUGCGGCAACAGUAGUUUAUAAUUAGAGAUGAAAUCAUGUUUGUCGCCCCCUACAGGCAAGGAAUGUAACAGUUGCUCCAAUUUUGGCAAACGUUACAGCUGCAGAUUUUUGUGUGAUACGUUUUUUGUAAGGUUUUACAUUUCUCCAAAAACACUUGUUCACUAUGAUAGAGUAGAAAUAUAGCAUUAAGUGUCACUAACGAUUUUAAAUUUUUUCAUAAAAACAUUCCAGUGCUUGCAUCCUAAUGGAGCAACGCCGAUCACCAAAGCUAAACACCCAUUAGAUAAAAACUAAUAACCUACAAAGUAACCAGGAGGACAGAAGUUACAUGAUGACUUUGAUAGAAUUAUAAAUAUCCCAGAAUUCAUUAGGAAGUAUGAUCCAGUCAACAAUUGCAAUAAAAUGCAGCAACAUGUAAAACCUAAAAUAUGCACAUAAUUAUCAGAACUGCAGCAUCUAUUGUUUCUUUGCUGUGGACGGUGCACGUCAGCGUAUCCGCCUGCAGGUCUAACUUGCGGUUAUCUUUUCUUGCCAGUAGGCGGCGCAGGAUGAACAUGAACUACAGGUUCUGGUUCUGGUUUUGGUUUUAGCUCGCAUCAGUGACACUGUGUUCCCUUUGUUCAAAUACUGUGCUAGCAACUGGUAAAUUAUCUUAAUCCCAAAUUUUCAAAAGUCUAUUUAUAAAAUGACUCAAGUGCAUUUAAAUGGUCAAACACAACCUGGGAUGGGUGAGUAGCUUACAAUGGGUUUCAUGCCGUCUAACAUCUAUCUGAAGAGAAAUGUACGUCAUAUAUUUUGUGCCAAUUUUUUUCUGGUUUUCAUACUGUGUGCUUGUUCACUUGAGUGAUUUGAAUAUUUUGUUCUGUUUUCUCUUGUCUUAAUUUUUGGCUGAAUUAUUUUUCUUUUUUUAUAGCUUUUUAAAACUUCGAGUCAAUUUUAAGGAAUCUUUUCAGCAUUGUGGCGAGAUGGUAAAUUAUCGAAUGUCCAUCUGUCUUUUUUUUUUUCUUUCGACCUCAAUUUUCAUUUAAUAACAAGCAUUUCACUGUGGUUAGUUAUAUUUGAUAUUUUUCCCCCCCGAUUUAUCAGUAGUUGAUUACAAAAGUCACUGAAUGUUUCAAAGCCAAGCUGUACAUGUCGACCCCGCUAUAUCCUCAACAGUCUGACUUGACCUGUCAUAGUUUUUAUUAUUUCAGAAGGGGUGUUGAUUUCAUCUCUGAAUAUCAUUUUUUUAAACAUUUAUUGCACCAACACAUUGGUUAACCCACAAAUUCAGAUCCUACUAAAAUUGGUAAGAUUCUCCACCAGCCCCCAUGUGCACUCGUACAGCUUUCAAGCAGACGACUGUAAAAUGUACUAAAAUAACUCGUACGUACAGCAAGUGUAUAUAUUUAUUGCUCAAGGAGAUGGCCACCUCUCGGUCUAUUUGGUUUUUUGGUGCGAUUAUUAUUACAUAUUUCUCAAGACUUACCUGCUAGCCACUCUUGUUUUUAAGUACGAUGUGGUUUGUGGCCUGAACCCCCUCUCUCUGUGUGCCUAAAAUUAGCCAAGAAAUGAGUAUGGCAACAUAAGUAAAUGGUGGUUAUUAUGUAAAUAUGGGAAACUAAUGACAAACUAUUUAUUAAAGGUUUAUUGUACAAUGAAAUGUUUUGAGUUUGCCGUUUUUGGGGUGUUUACCAUACAUUUUGUAUCAUCAGGGUGUUCCUCUGCAAGUAAUCAACCUCUAAAUCCUUUUAGUGUUAUGUUUAAAACACGGAUCAUGAAUUUAUGUCCGUUAGAUCCCGUUAGAUCCCAUCACAAACAGUUAUUUAUUACAUUCAGCUUUUACUUUCUAUUCAAAAUCCCAGACUUUUUGUUAAAUGCUCCAACAUGUUGGAUGUUUGUUUAGUAAUCUGCUCAGAGUUAUAUUGAGGCUCUAAUGCUUUCCUCCACUUAGACUAUGUAUACUCAGCUGUUAUUAAUGCAGAGACCUAAGCUUAUUUACCUUCUGUGGUCUGAGCCUCUUUGUUAAAGCCUCACAGAGGCAGUAGUAAAGUCUGGCAGAAAACAUUAACAAGGCCAUCACCGUACUUUCCCCUGAACAAGUGGGUACUAGGAGAGGGCGGUUAAAUCAAAUACAGAGUAAUAUUUAAUAUCUGGGCCAGAAAAAUAUAACUUGUAUUAUUAAAAGCAGCUACUCUGAGGGGAGAAAUGGAAUGUGAUUUUAUGAUUAUUUUCUAUCAUUCUUUGUGGUAGAUAGAUGUUUAUUUUUAGGUGAUUGCUGAGCACAACAGCGUUCAUGUGCCCAAAACGUAAUCUA